AUGCCGAGGUCUUUUCUCGUGGAUUCCUUGAUUUUAAGGGAGGCCAACGACAAAGGAAAUGAGAACAACCCACCUUUAUUCCCGUACGCCGUGCACUCGCCGCACCAUCCGCACGGGCUGCCGGCGUCCUGCCACUCCAGGAAAGCAGGACUGCUGUGCUUCUGCCCGCUGUGCAUGGCCGCGUCCCAGCUCCAUCCGUCUCCACCGACGCUGCCGCUCCUCAAGGCAUCAUUUCCUCCCUUCAGCUCACAGUACUGCCACUCAGCUCUGUCGAGGCAACACUCAUCAUCUAACAGCGUCAAUCUCAGCCACGGACCGGGGAUUUACCAAGCAGCGUACUCGGUCCCUGACCCGCGGCAGUUCCACUGCAUCUCCAUCGAAAACAGCAACGGCAAACUUCAGAGCAGUAAGCGCAUGCGCACCGCCUUCACCAGCACACAACUUUUGGAGCUGGAGCGCGAGUUCACCUCCAACAUGUACCUGUCCAGACUGAGGCGCAUCGAGAUCGCCACAUACCUGAACUUGUCGGAGAAACAGGUGAAAAUCUGGUUCCAGAACCGCAGAGUGAAGCACAAAAAGGAAGGCAAGAGCAGCGGUCAAAGGACUGGAUCACAUAACUGCAAAUGCUCGUCCCUGUCAACGGCGAGAUGCUCGGAGGAAGAGGAGGAUGACAUUCCCAUAUCUCCAUCCUCGUCCGAAAAGGAAGAUGUGGACCUGUCCGUCUCCCCCUGA